AAGAAAAAGAAAAAGAAAAAGAAGAAAGAUGUCAACAGCCACUCUGACCUGUCACAUGUCUCUCUGGGAGACGGCAAGGGCAAGAGGACGCAGGGUGAAAGAGACUCUUCUGACAGUGAAGGCUCAGAUAAUGCAAUGGAAGAUACAUCAGACUCACUCCAGGAUGGAUUCUCCUCACUGGAGAGCCAGCCUAGUUCCUCAGCACCUCACAGUACUGCUGUGCUCUCUGAAGACACACAAGUCAGUCAGAGUGAAAAGACUGCUGCAACAGUAGAGGGAAGUACAGUGAAGCAGUCUGACGAACUUCCAGGUAAACCUGAUGAGGGAGAGAGCAAUGAACAGAAAUCAAAUCAAGAUCAGACACUCAAGACACCACCAGCUGACACUCCGACUCCGCAUCUCGUCACAGAAGAGAGCAAGAGUACAACUUCUCAGCCAGGUUCAUGUACAGAGACAAAGGCCGAUAACCUUAGUGAUCUAAAGACUGACACAAAGAAGAAGAAAGGGACCACUAAACAACCAACAGUGGACCACAAUGACACAAAAGACUCAAAGAACAAGAAAGACACCACUAAACAACCAACAGUGGACCAGAAUGCCAAUGUGGAACCAAAUCCGAAACAGACAGGACAAACGAAACAGAAGGGGAAAAGUCAGCAGGACCAGAAACGGAAACACCAGGUGGUUUGUGACAGUCAGACAUCAUCAAAGGCUGCCAGCACAGGCACCAGUGUGGACCCGCAAGAGCAGCAGUCUGAGAGCGGGCAGGAAUCGACUUCAGCAGAAACCUCAGAUGGUGAUGAGGAAAGUAAACCUGGCAAUAAGGAUGACACAAAUGCCAACGUCCCAGCUGGCCCGCCACCCAAAAGGUCUACCAGGAGCCAGACCAUUGCUGCAUGUGACAGACUCACAAUUUACUUCCAUGCUGUUCUCUCAAAGGAUUUCAAAUUUGAUCAAAAUGAAGAUCGUAUCUUUGUCAGGGCUGGGCUCUGCAUUGGGACGUGGGAAGACAAUGCAGUUGAGCUGUCAGUGAUCAGGGAUCUUGGAGAACAUGGGUUCCUGGUUGAAGGCAGUCUGGUGACAAACAAAAAUAAUACCAUAUCUACGUCGAUACCAUACAAAUAUGUUGUUUAUAGGAAAAAAAAGAAAAAAUAUGAGUAUGAGUACAUAUACAAACUGGACUCUGGAAACCACACUACCAACAGAUGUUUGUUUGUGAAACCCCGCUUCCUCAAUGAUGAUGGGGACUGGCAUCAAUAUGACGACAUCAUCUGUGCUGAGCCAUCAAAGAACAUCAUUAAACGCUUUACAGACAAAAUUUGGCCUGACCAAAGGAAGAGUCUAAUUCAAGGCCGAGAGAUUGCAGGGAAAAUAAUGCUGGAGACCAUAUUUGAUCUUCUCAGAAGCUGGACUGAUACCAAUUUGAGAAGUUUUAUAUUUCAACUGAAUCAGUUCUUUGAGGUUUAUGGGGAACCUUAUGUAUAUGAAGAGAAAGAAAAGAAAUGGCACUCCUUAGACUAUGGGCCAAAAGAUGUGGGGAAGAUGCUGAAAGAGUUCAUGCUGAACUAUGUGAUUCCUCAGUUGCAGAAGGAUGGAGAUGGGAAGAGUCACUACAUUCAGGACCCUAUGAGAGCAGCUGUAAUUAUGCUCUGUGUACGGAAACAGCAUCAGUUAAAUCUGGAUAAGGCUGAGCUCCAUCGGCUCUGCAGUGCACUAUGUUUACCCAAACUAGACAGAGAUGGUUUUCUUCAGUACUGGGCAGAUUUUUCUCAGCAUGUCAGUGUUUUCAAAGAUUUGCCAGGAAUGUUGGCAGACCUGAUAAUCGUUGUGAAAAAAGAGGGGAUGCCCCGAUGGAUUCUGGUGCUCCCACUGCUCCACCUCCUCAGAGGCACCAUAAAACCCUUUGAGGUACCAACUUCAGGAAACCUGAAGUACGGCUUGUCCUGGGCAGGUUUACAAGGCCUUGACAUGGGUUCCCCACAAUACAUGAACAGUCAAGACAAAAAGUAAGAGUCCUUCUACUUUUGCCAAAGUAUAGCUCACACA